CCAUUGCAGAAAUCCGUCAAGUUUAGCAAAACAACAUUUUGAAAAACUAUAUCCCGGAUAAAAACCUCGCAGGAGUUCACGUUUCCGCUGUAAACUAUAUGUGCUAUGAAAUGAAUUAAUGUGGCCGGAACCGGUGCAAGCUAGUAAUCUUCAGCCCACCGCGAGCUAGCUUGAUUGAUUGCAUUCCGUGCAUGAGGGGUAUUUAAGCUCGCAAGCAUUUCAGAUGCUUUAAUUAUUCCAGCUGUAACAGAGAAGAACGUGGCAACACAUAUAUGUGAGAGCAUUCUACAAGGGCGAAUAACCGUGACAAAAAACAUAUCCUCCAUACGAACAUGGACCAGUCUGAAAAUGAAUACACUGGACGAAUAUACGCAAAUAGACCAUCGGUUAUAUACUUUCAUGGACUUACUGAGAAAUCUAUGGAAACUGACAAUAUUUUAGCUGAGAAUAGAACUGAGGUGAAAAGAUGCUUGAAGCUACAAGAUGAAGACUUUAGAAGCAAAAGGAAGCGGAAGGUGCAAAAUACAGAUUCAGAAAUAUGUACGCGAGGUUAGUUAUCAAAUACAGAUUAGAGAAUUUACUGUCAUUAGAGAAUUUACUCUUUGCACGCGCAGGCUCAUUUGAAUUCAUAGAAAUUGCAUUUGUGGAUAAAUUCAUUGAAAUUUCAUACAAAUAUGUAAUGUUUGCAUUCGUCUGUUAUUAUACGAGUCGUUAAUACGGCAAUUUAAUCGCCAGGUGAUUUUUGUGUAUCUAAACUUGUAUUCAUGGCUCUUAACAUCUGAAUUAGUACAUACAUAGUUAUAAAAACGCCAUGAUCGUCAUACAAUUUAAUUCUCCAGAAGGUACUUGUAUUAUGUAUUUUGUUCCCUGAGAAUCAGGGAUUGAUUUCAUUGCCUUCGCGUGCCCCAACGCAAUGAUAAAUAUAUGAGCUGCCACUUGGAAAAUGUUAUUCUGAGAUUUGUAAUAUAUGUUUGCAAUUGAUUUUCCAUGUCGAAUUAAGUUUGUUAAGGCUAUAUGAAUAAGCGAUUUUAUCAAUCAUUUGUAAUGGUAACUGUACACAAUGAAACAUUGUACAAAACAACGCUCUCAUGCUUUUGUGACCUUUCUUUGAACUUUUGUUUGCAUAAUCAUCACUGCCGUGAGUAAAUGCUUCGCUAUAAUGCAAUGAAAAGUCCAUUUAUUUGUUUGGAAUUUGAUAAAUGCUUCUUAAUUAUACCUGUGUGGGCUAGAUUUCACUCGCCUUCGCUGGACGAUUCUAGAUGGGAAAUAUUAUAUUAAAACAAAAACUUCAUUGUAAUGCUGUAUGUUUUGUGGCAUAUUAGAGAGGCAACCUAUAAUGCUGUAGGUAAUUGGGUAAACAUUCGCAUUUUCAUUGAAGAUCAGAGGGAUCGAUUCAAAACAUGUUCGAAAUUUGGAUUACAACCAUGCAUUGCAUGUGCUCGCUUCGUAUUUGUCCGCAUUCAUCGAAGACGAAGGCAUUGAUUUUACAGAACUGAACAUUUUCGUCUGAAUGAAAAUAUUCUUAUACCUUCAAUGUACAAGAGCAAUGUUAAAGAGAAGUAAAGUUUUUGUUUCAAAACAUUUAUGAUGGAUGCAGUACCAUACUUAUAGGAUUAAUAUUUAUACAGAGUCACGUAUGGUAUUGUAGAUUGUAAUCUGCUUGCAUACACAUAUGCAUGUCUGUUUGCUAAAAUAUAACUAAAAUAUAACAAAAAUUUCAUGAUGUGGAGGUUUAAUAUGCUAAUGAAGUAUGUGAGUUUAUUAACAUAAUUUGCAAAUCCUGUGAAUGCCUUUUAUAUUUUCUCAAGCACUUGAGGAUGCAUUGAGUGUGUAGCACUUCGCUAAUGAUUUGGAACGAUGUACAGAAUUUAAUACCUUGCGUGUGAACUUAUUUUAUCCAGUACAUAGUCAUAGAGGUUCUUGUGUCAGACCUUGCUUUGUUUGUUCUUUAGAAACUAUGUAUUGUAAUGUUCUGUAAUGUAUAUUUAUUUUAAAAAAUGUAUGUAACACAUAAUGUGAAAUUAAACAAAAAUAAAUCUCUCUUGAAACAAACUCCGAAUCGAAGUUCUUGAAACUUAAAUAGAGCAAAAGGACACAACAUUCAAAUAUUCUUAUUUAAAUAGAGCAACACAAUAUUCAACAGUGAUAUUUUGAAUUUAUUGCAAAUUCAUCAUCAUCAAUGAAGCUCUCUCCUAAUUUAUAAAUGUCUCUCUGCUAAUCUCCACUUGCACUUGUUGUAAUAUUGUUAGUUAUAUGUAAUUGGAAGUUACUUCAAACUAACAAUUACAACAGAACGAUUCAUUUUCCAAUUCUAAUUAAAGUUUUAUUGUCUAUACAGAUCCUGUAUAUUUGGAAACGGAGGAAGAUUGUUUACGCAAACGCCAUCGGACAUCUUUCACUUCAUUUCAACUCAAGCGACUGGAAGAAGAAUUCGACCAAGAUUGUUACAUCGUUGGAAUGAAAAGAUGGCGACUCAGCGUAGAACUCGACAUUCCAGAGAAACAAAUCAAAAUUUGGUUCCAGAAUAAAAGGACUAAAGUGAAGAAACGCAUCCAAAUCGCAUGAAUGAAGAGACGCGCGCACGAGAACAGUUUGAAUAAAAUGCGCCUAUAUAGCCUUUAUAUAUAGGGACUAAUACACCUCAUACUAUAGUUUGAAUAAAAUGCAUUAGAAAGAGCAUAGGGACUAUAAUACGCCUCAUUCGAGCUAUAAUUAAAACCUUUUCAAUACAUCGAAGUAUUAGAAAAGCGAAGAAAAUCUAGUUGGUUGGCUUGAAUAACUAUUGUAUAAAACUAGUUGGUAAAUAUUUUUAAAUAUAUGGUCAAAGGGAUUUUAAGAAUACCAAAAUGCAGUUGUGGUAGUAUGUCUAGUAUAUUAGUAUUGUCUAUCAUAAAUUUAGACUACAACGUGUGUACUUAUAUAUAUUCUAGUUCAAAUCUCUAUGCAUGGGAGAAAUAUUCGGGUUUUCUCUCUUGGCUGCAUGUGGGGGGUGUUGGAAAGCUAUACAUUUUAAAGUAAACAUCACCUGAAUGUUUACUUCUGCUAAAUUUUGUGGAGUCCAGUUUCAGGAAAAUAAAAGUGUA